AUGGCAUCAUUGGUUCCAAACACCAUAUGUGACAACACAAAGAAAGAAAGAAUGAAUGUCCAUCAAGAUACAAACAAACAAAAUUGUCAACCAAUCGUUGCUGCACUACGCUGUUGUUGCUACACUAGAAAUAUGUCUAGAUCUGUCGAUCAUGAUCAAGCCAAACCAACAAUAGUAUUAUAA